AUGGGCUUCACCGCUGUCUCAUUCUACGUGGACUGGAGCCUUGUCGAAGGGAAUCCGGGACAGGUUAUCACUGACGGAAUAUGGAGCUUGGAUGAAUUCUUCGACGCAGCGAGCCAGGCCGGAUUGUACCUAAUCGCUCGACCGGGACCAUAUAUCAAUGCCGAAACCACUGCUGGCGGGAUACCCGGGUGGGUCCUGCGAGAGCAAGCCAUUAUUCGGUCCAAUGACCCUGAAUACUUGAAUGCGACGGCAAAUUACGUGUCGAAAAUAGGUCGCAUUAUUGAACGAGCACAGAUCAUACAUGGUGGCCCGGUCAUCAUGGUUCAGCCGGAGAAUGAGUACUCCACCUGGCCUGGGGUGACUGAUUUCCCGAAUGACAUGCAUCGCAGCUAUAUGGCACACGUUGAAGAGCAGCUGCACAACGAAGGUAUUACCGUUCCUUCGAUCGUCAAUGAUAACCUGGUCAUGGGAUACUUCGCGCCAGGCUCAGGGCAAGGUGCAGUUGACAUCUACGCUAUUGAUGCGUACCCGAUGCGCUACGAUUGUGAGUUCAUCUACACCCUCUUUAUGUGCUAUGCGUACCGUGGAAGUAACGCCGUCUAUCAUCUAGGCGCAAACCCAAGUGUUUGGCCUACUUACAGGUUUCCUUAUGAUUGGCAAAUUACGCAUAAACGCCAGAGUCCAACAACGCCCUUUGCAAUUGCUGAGUUUCAAGGAGGCUCUGGGGAAGGAUGGGGAGGCGUGCUUCAGGAAAUGUGUAACGAGCUAGUAAAUGAAGAGGCCGUCAGAGUUGUGUACAAGAACAACUACAGUUUUGGCGUUAAGAUUUUCAACAUCUACAUGACAUUUGGUGGGACCAACUGGGGUAACCUUGGGUAUAUGGGUGGGCAUACAUCAUACGACUAUGGUGCCGCCAUUACAGAAGAAAGGGCAAUUUGGCGGGAGAAAUAUAGUGAACAGAAACUCGAGGCCAACUUUCUGAAAGUUUCUCCUGCUUAUCUGACAGCCACUCCUCAUCUUGGAGUGAACGGUACUUACGGCGCACCCUCUUCGAUCUCAGUCACUGCUCUCCUUGGGAAUGGGACGCGCACAAAUUUCUAUGUUGUCAGGCAUGCCGACUUCACUUCAACGGAAAACACCCAAUACACCCUCGCAUUGUCGACAAGUAUUGGAGACAUUAACAUUCCUCAGCUGGGAGGCCAUCUAACGCUCAAUGGACGUGAUUCCAAAUUCCACGUCACAGAUUAUGAUGUCGGCGGCAUUAAUCUGAUCUACUCCUCCGCAGAGAUAUUCACAUGGACGCGCGGGUCAGGGUCUACACGUGUUUUGAUUUUAUACGGAGGGGCUAACGAGACACAUGAGUUUGCUGUGCCCAGGCACCUUGAAAAGCCGACGGUUGUCGAAGGUGACGGCAUCAAAAUAAAGCAACGCAGGUCUGCUUGGGUAGUACAAUGGUAUGUUACACCAGCCCGACGCAUCAUUCGGGUAGGAGAUCUUCAGGUGUAUCUGCUCUGGCGAAACGAGGCAUACAAUUACUGGGUCAUGGAGCUGCCAGCAUCGGGUCCGAUUGGAAAUUACUCUUCGCCAUCAAAAAGUCUGGUUGUUGUGAAGGCCGGAUAUCUUAUCCGUACGGCGAAUCUGAUAAAUAAUCAGCUACAAUUGACAGGAGAUGUGAAUGCCACAACAGAAAUCGAGGUCAUCUCCAGCCCAGCAAAAACGCUCGAAGGUAUCACCUUUAAUGGGGAAGUACUACACACCUCAGAAGUGUCCAAUAGGAACCUCUUGGGAACUGUCACAUACGACCCUCCCAAGUUGGAUGUUCCCGAUUUGUCCAACCUCGAAUGGAAGUUCCUUGAUUCUCUCCCUGAGAUCCAGGCCUCGUACAACGACUCAGCUUGGACAUCCUGCACACGUAGCUCGACACAUAAUCCACGACCGCUGGACACUCCGAGUAGUCUUUACUCCAUGGACUACGGAUACCACACAGGAUCUCUCUUGUACCGAGGUCAUUUUGAAGCUAAUGGCCAAGAAUCCAAUAUUUGGUUGAAUGUAUCUGGCGGCGUGGGAUUCGGACAUUCCGUCUGGUUGAAUGAUAAAUUCCUUGGCUCAUGGGCCGGGGCGAGUGUCAACUCCACAGUCGUCCACAACCUAUCGCUAUCAUUAGCCUUGUCCCAGGGAAGCCCGUAUGUGAUCUCAGUCCUAAUUGAUCACAUGGGCCAAGACGAGGAGGCUCCUGGAACUGACGCGAUCAAGUUCCCACGAGGGAUUCUGAACUACGGGGUUUCGGGUCACGCUCAAUCCGACAUUUCAUGGAAACUGACAGGUAACCUUGGAGGGGAGCAGUAUCAAGAUCUCGUUCGUGGUCCUCUGAAUGAAGGUGGCAUAUAUGCUGAGAGACAUGGAUACCAUUAUCCCGGUCCGCCGAGUUCGAAUUGGGAAUCAUCAAACCCAGUGACAGAUGGUUUAUCGCAUGCAGGUGUUGGAUUUUAUGCUGCAUCUUUCCAGCUGAACAUCCCCAGUGGAUGGGAUGCCCCAAUGAGCGUGGUGUUCAAUCAAUCUAUCCACGAUACGCUUAAUGAGAAUAGUCGAGGGAACAAUUACCGCUGCCAGCUUUUUGUCAACGGAUACCAAUUCGGGAAAUACAGUAAGUAUCUCUUUCCACGGUUGGUUCAAUGGACAUGGUUCCAUGGUUCCAAUCCGGAAUCCGCCCACUCUAAUUGCUAG